AUGCACAAUUUCCCUUCGAGCGACUCAUACCCGUACUUCAUCACGGAGGUGAAUUGUGCAGGGUAUGAAGACAAUUUGUUGCAGUGCCCCUACAGCUACCAGUACUAUGUCUGUCAUCAUGGAGAUGCUUCUGUCAUAUGCUCAGACUCAGGACUAACAGUACCUCGACGAGCAGGGGGGUCUCCCAGCAGGGUGAUCCUCUUAGGCAAAGCACUGCACUCUCACUUCCUGCUCUCUCCCUGCAGUGAGAGCUAUCUUCAGCGUGACGCCCCCCAUACCAUGGACCACAGGCGAUGGGAUGCCAAGAGAUCUCUGCUCCUCUCCACAGGGACAGGCUCCUGUGGUGGCUUACUGCAGGGUCUGUGGGGCUCCAUCGAGAGCCCGGGCUACCCCAACUCCUACCCCAACAACGCCCGCUGCGUGUGGCGCAUUCAGCUGUGGGACCCAGCCCGCAGAGUGGAGCUCCGCUUUUCGGAUGUGGAGCUGGAAGGCAGCAACUGCUCCUACGAUGCCAUCGAGGUGUUCGACGGUGGGCCCCUUGGGGGGCCGCUCCUGGGCACUGUUUGCACCAACACCUCUCGAGUCUUCACGUCCUCCGGGCACCAGCUCACCGUCCUGUUUCACAGUGACUUCAGCAUCACCAGCAGAGGUUUCCUGGCCUACUACUCCUCAUUUCUUGCCUUCAACAGCACCGCAGAACCAGGUAAUUCCAGCUGGGUGACCACAGGGACAUCGACCUCAGGGACAGGCUCCUGUGGUGGCUUACUGCAGGGUCUGUGGGGCUCCAUCGAGAGCCCGGGCUACCCCAACUCCUACCCCAACAACGCCCGCUGCGUGUGGCGCAUUCAGCUGUGGGACCCGGCCCGCAGAGUGGAGCUCCGCUUUUCGGAUGUGGAGCUGGAAGGCAGCAACUGCUCCUACGAUGCCAUCGAGGUGUUCGACGGUGGGCCCCUUGGGGGGCCGCUCCUGGGCACUGUUUGCACCAACACCUCUCGAGUCUUCACGUCCUCCGGGCACCAGCUCACCGUCCUGUUUCACAGUGACUUCAGCAUCACCAGCAGAGGUUUCCUGGCCUACUACUCCUCAUUUCUUGCCUUCAACAGCACCGCAGAACCAGGUAAUUCCAGCUGGGUGACCACAGGGACAUCGACCUCAGGGACAGGCUCCUGUGGUGGCUUACUGCAGGGUCUGUGGGGCUCCAUCGAGAGCCCGGGCUACCCCAACUCCUACCCCAACAACACCCGCUGCGUGUGGCGCAUUCAGCUGUGGGACCCGGCCCGCAGAGUGGAGCUCCGCUUUUCGGAUGUGGAUGACUUCAGCAUCACCAGCAGAGGUUUCCUGGCCUACUACUCCUCGUUUCUUGCCUUCAACAGCACCGCAGAACCAGGUAAUUCCAGCUGGGUGACCACAGGGACAUCGACCUCAGGGACAGGCUCCUGUGGUGGCUUACUGCAGGGUCUGUGGGGCUCCAUCGAGAGCCCGGGCUACCCCAACUCCUACCCCAACAACGCCCGCUGCGUGUGGCGCAUUCAGCUGUGGGACCCGGCCCGCAGAGUGGAGCUCCGCUUUUCGGAUGUGGAGCUGGAAGGCAGCAGCUGCUCCUAUGAUGCCAUCGAGGUGUUUGACAGCGGGUCCCCCGGGGGGCCGCUCCUGGGCACUGUUUGCACCAACACCUCUCGAGUCUUCACGUCCUCCGGGCACCAGCUCACCGUCCUGUUUCACAGUGACUUCAGCAUCACCAGCAGAGGUUUCCUGGCCUACUACUCCUCAUUUCUUGCCUUCAACAGCACCGCAGCACCAGGUACUUCCAACUGGACAACUACUGUGACAUCAACCUCAGAAGAUUACUCUUGUGGUGGCUUGCUUUCCUCUUCAUCUGGUAGAUUACAGAGUCCAUUUUACCCCCAAAAUUAUCCAAACAAUGCCAACUGUGUGUGGGAAAUAGAAGUAAAGAGCAACUUCCUUGUCACACUUAGAUUUGAAGAUAUUCAGAUGGAAGGUGGGAGAUGCCUCUCUGACUACAUAGAAGUUUAUGACGGGCCCCUGCACACCUCUCCUCUCCUUGGGAAGUUCUGUUCUGGUUAUUAUCGCACAUACACAUCCUCCUCAAACCUGAUGACUGUCCGAUUCCACAGCAACUCUCGAUACACAUACAGAGGGUUUCAGGCCUACUAUUACUCCACUAUAGCAGAUUCAAGCACUACACUGCUGUGUUUGCCAGACUACAUGCAUGUAGUUGUGAGCAGAUACUUCCUUCAGUCCCAUGGCUAUUCUGCUUGGAAUCUCACCCUGAAUGACCCCCUUUGCACACCCAACAUCACAUCAGAGGCUGUUGUAUUCGACAUUCCGUACACUCGCUGCGGCACAGUCAGAGAGGGAAACAACAACACAAUCAGCUAUUCCAACGUUAUUAAAGGGUCCUCUUCUGGUUCUGUAAUCACAAGAAACAGAAAUCUUCACCUGCAUGUCAACUGCAAGAUGCUCAAGGACACGUGGGCACAAACGAUGUACGUCGCGGACAACAACUUUGAAGUCAAUGAAACUCAGUACAGCAGAUAUGAUGUGAACCUCACGUUUUAUGACUCUUCAUACUUCUCACGGCCAGUGUACGACUCACCAUACUAUGUCCAUAUGAACCAGAACUUGUUCCUCCAAGCCUACCUGCACAGCUCUGAUCCAAACCUGGUGCUAUUUCUGGACACGUGUGUGGCAUCUCCAGCUCCCCAUAACUCUACGGCAGUAACCUAUGAUAUAAUCAGGAAUGGGUGUGCUCGAGAUUCUACCUAUGCUGCAUAUUAUUCACCCCACAAACACAUCCUGCGCUUUACAUUCGCGGCCUUCCAGUUUGUUUGGAGCGACCCAGUGGUUUACCUGCGGUGUGAACUGGUGGUGUGCAGGGCCUAUGACUACUCUUCCAGGUGCUACCAAGGCUGUAUUAACAGGCCCAAGAGAGAGGCAAGCUCUGGCCUAGAAAGUGUGAUUGUUAUUGCUGGCCCAAUACAGCUUCGGGAACCGGGUUCUGAGAAUAGGAAUGAACCUGAAUCUAAAUGAAACUGUCUCCUUUGACAGAUAGAUCUUUAAAUGCCAAUUGAAUUCUGAAAGAAACUGUGCUGCUAGAUUACCAGAAGCUCUAGAAUAAACAUUAGGAAUAUGCUUACUGAUUCAUGCCUGUUAAUCCCACUUCACAUCAGUCAUCUUCAUCUCCAUAUAACAAAAAUGUUGUUUCAGCGGUUCUGUGGGGAGUCAGUUUUGUGGUCUCUAAGCUUUUGUGUUUGUUGUUUG